UGUACGACUUGCGUAUGACGUUAACUUGUAUAUAAAUAUGUAUCAUUUUGUUAGCACCGAUUCUUUGUACGUUUAAUAUAAUUAGCAAUAAGUUAACUUUAUUAUACAGUGACAUAUAAAUAUACAUAUAUAAAUAUAUUUGUAUUUGAGUUUUGUUGUCAUCAGUAGUACAUUCAACUUUUUGUAAAAUCAAAUAAUUUUUUUACUUGUUUUCACUUUUUUGUGAUUGUUUUAUUUUUUAACAAUGUCAUCGCCAACGCAAGUUUUAAAAAGCAUAGGACCAAAAUUAGUACCAUUUUUCAAGAGUGCUUGCGUAUAUUUUGUAUUACUGGCAGAACAACCGUCAUUACUUACAGCUUGUUUCAAAUGUUUACCAAUAAUUAGUCUAAUAUUUUUUGUUCUACUACAUGGUAUGAAUUUAUCUGAUGAGUAUAAAUUUUCCCGAAGAAUAUUGACAGGAUUAAUAUUUAGUUGUUUAGGAGAUGCUUUAAUUGUCUGGCCAAAUUUAUUUGUCGCCGGUAUGUCAAUGUUUGCUAUUGCACAGAUUAUGUAUAUAACUGCAUUUGGUUUUGUACCGUUGAAUUCAACGUUAGGAGCAAUGAUUUAUGCUCUUUGUACUAUAGUUAUUUAUAUAUUAAUGCCAGGAUUAAAUGGUAUAUUAGCAAUUGGUGUGCCAAUAUAUACAACAUUAUUGGGUACAAUGGCAUGGCGAGCAAUAUCACGUGUCCGUUAUUUUAAGGAACCAUGGACAUGGACGCAAUUAUGCAGUUGUAUUGGGAGCAUAUUCUUCUUAAUAUCAGAUACAUUAUUGGGUUUUCAUCACUUUUAUCAUCCAGUUCCUUAUGCAACGGUAUCAAUAAUGUUGACCUACUACGCAGCGCAAUUGGGUAUCGCACUGAGUGCCGUUAAUUCAAAAGAAAGUACCAAGACUGCGGUAGCUAUUAAAUAAAUACACUAUUUUAUUAAUAAUAAACAUAACAAACAAUAACAACAAUGAUUAUCAUAGAUACAUGUAUUAGUACUUUAAUACCCAUAAUACAAUAAGUUUAUAAUAGAAAAAAAUAUUAAAUUUUAUUUUUUGAAUAGUUACCGUGCAAUAGUUUUCCUUAUUUUAAAUUUUAUCAAAGUAAUUGUUGUUAUCAAAUAUCAUUAUUCUAAUUACUAAUUAUUGUUUGUAAAGCCAAGUUUAAGUAUGUAGUAAACACAUAUAUAUAGAAAAAUAUAAAUAUAUAUAUUUUUAUGUAGUAAAUUCUACAUUGAGAUCGAAAGUAUUCAUAAUUUUUGAAUAUUCUAUUAGUGGGGCGAUAAAUUUUAUCUGGGUGAUUUUUAUCUACAAUAGGGACCGUUAUAUUUUUUUGGAUAAGAUAAAAUAGUAUAUUACAGAACAAGUGUUGUCAAAAUUAAUACUCGAGUUCGGGGUUAGGGAACGUGGGCGCCAGCGAGUCCUUGACGGAUACGAAUUAUUGCUGUAGAAAUGCCGUAUUAUUACGGUAGAUAUGUCGUAUUAAUAUAAAUGCCGUAUUAAUAUAAUAGAAAUAACGUAUUAAAUCGGUAGAAAUGCCAUAUGGAAGGGAGCGAAGUAUAUGGCGAAAUAUAUAAAAAACUCAAAUUAAUAUUCUACUAUUUUUUAAACUUUUAUUAUUGUCAUGUAUUAUUUGUUUUGAAUUUCCCGGUUCACCUUACUCUACUCUAAAAUAAUUGUAUUUUAUAUUUAUUAAAAUUUUUUAUAUUUACUUUCUUUAUCGAAAUAUAUAUAAUUCAAUUUUCUGUGACAAAAAUACAAUUGCACUUUUUUAUAUAUAUCAUUUUUUAUAUUUUGACUUUAUAACGAAAUUUUAUUGUUUACACUGAUUUUAUGUAUCUCUUACAAUUAUCGAGCAUGAUUUUUUGUAACCAUCAGAUGUCGUUUUCAUCGCGCUCCCUGCUAAUAAACUCUGCAUAAACGCAGUAUAAUUGUGGUAGGAAUACCCUAAUAAAAUUUCACAAAUAUACCGUAUAAAUAUGGUAAAACUACUUGCUAUCGACUACAUUUAUACUUUUUUAAUACAGUGCUUGAACCGUAUCAUAAAAACUGCGACAGGUAAAUUACCGUACUUUACGGUAUUCGGAAUAAUUACGGUAAAUUACGGUAUUUUACAGUAACUUUCGGUAUUUUACGGUGAAGGUACGGUAAUUCACCGUAAAUAAGUGAAGUAUUUCACUGUGUUACGGUAAAAAUGCCACAAAUUGCAGUAAAUUACCAUAUUUUACCGCGAUUUGCUAUAGAAUACGGCAAUUUUCCAGCAAAAUACGGUAUUUCGCGUUAAAGUACGAAAAUUUGCCGCAACUCGCACCCGCUAGGAGUGUUACCAACCGAACAAGAAUAUUAUACUCGAUGUCACUAGUCGUUUGCGAAAUUUUAUAUAGUGAAUGCUUAAAAUAAAAACGCUGUUAAAUUUUUAAAGAUGGCGUCAUGCAGUCGCAAUUAUUAUAAUAAUUCGUCUUUAUAAAAAUCAAUGUUUUAUUUAAUUUGUUCAAUUUAUUCAUUAAAAUACAAAAAAAUUUAUUCAACUAUUUAUUUAUUUAAUUAUGAAAAAUUGAACCAAAUAUUCUGUCAUUUAAUCGAAAUUAAAAUCAUAUUUAUAAUUUAUUGUUUUACUCAUUAGCUAACAUUAAUUCUAACCUAACAAAAAGUCUAAUACAUAUUUUAUUUUAUUUUAAAGUAAGGUUAUAAACUUAAGGUGACGCAUUAUGACGAUCUAAAGUCGUUUGUCGACAAAUUUAAGGUUACGAUCUAGAGAAUUUUUUUUGCUAGUGAUGUAGCUUCGAGUAAAGGCAAGUUCACCCGGGUAACCUAUCUUGCACAUUUCGUUAACUUGGACUACAGAGUAGGGAUAUGUCACACCCAUUUUUUAAAAUUUCGAGGAGAAGGGAUGCACUAGUGUUUUAAAAAAAAUAUAACACUGCAUCCGACCAAUCAGAAAUGAUCAGAGUUCGAUCAAAAAGGUUACGAGGCUGUUAGACAUUUAAAAGCGUUUAUUUUGAGCAUAAAUUAUAUAAAAAAAAAAUUUUUAUUCAAUCACUGCUUACUUUUUGAAUAAGUACUUUGAGAAUUGAAAAAGUAGCAAAUAAAAAUGUUUUCUUUUUUCAAAUUUUUGAAGUUUGGAUAGUAUAUAUUUUUUUU